AUGAAAGAUAACGGGACACUUGCCCGUUCAGCGAACCUUCCUUUUGUCAUACGUGACUACAAAUUCACGCAAAUGAUAGGAAAGGGUGGCUUCGCUGAAGUAUUUCUUGUUGAACACAUAAAAUUUUUAACUUUAUUUGUGGCUAAAGUCAUGACAGUCGAUGCCUCCGAAGUGCAGUCUACCUGGGAAAUAUUCGAUUCAGAGACAAAGGCUCUCAGUACCUUAAACCAUCCGCAUAUUAUUCGUUUAUAUGAUCAUUUUCAGAUUGGAUGCCAAUUCUAUUACAUUUUAGAAUACUGUCCAAACGGAAGUCUUUUCGAUGAAAUAGAAGUGACAAGAGGUUUGCCAAUUCCGAGAUUUUUGACACUUGCAUCUCAAAUUGUUAGCGCACUUGCUUACUGUCACGCCAACGGAAUAGCUCAUAGAGAUAUCAAGCCAGGAAACAUCCUACUCGACGAAAAUAAAAGAGCCAAACUUACGGAUUUUGGACUUUGUAUGCAAACAAAAAUUGGCGAGUUACAUAAGACAUUUUCAGGGUCCUGCGAAUUUACAGCACCUGAAAUAUUCCUACGAAAGCCAAAUGAUCCAUUUAAAGGCGAUGUUUGGGCUCUUGGAAUAGUUUUUGCGAUUCUGAUUACAGGAACUUCCCCUUGGAAGUGCGAUUCUUUGGGAGCAUUACGACAGCUCGCUCUCGCAGGAAAUUAUAAAUUAAAUGAGUUUGUUCCCAAAGAAAUUGCAGACGUAAUAGCUAGAAUGAUUGUUGUCGACCCAGAUAAAAGAAUUACAAUGGCAGAGCUCGCUGAAAUGCCACUUUUUCGACAUUCUCAUCCUACUGGAAUUGUUCCUUCACUUUCUAAGACACAGAUAGUCCAAUUAGACUGGGAACCAAUAGAACGACCAUCACGCGAUAAUUCUUACGACGAUUUAAAUGAAACAGAGGAGAUUAGACCUGUUGUUUCAUCAAAAGUAAGAAGUGCAUCUUCAUUGUUCUUACACAAGAAGCCACAGAAUAGAGUUAAGUCGAGGAUGCGAUUAAAUACAGUUAAACCCACAUUCCCCGGAAUUGAAGAAGAUGAUCUCGUAUUUUUCUCUUAA